UCUAUCAUACACCCUCGCCCACCGAAUACUUCACUCCGGUCUGUAGUAGUAGUAGCUGAAGCUGAAGAAGAAGCAAUGGCGUAUUCAACGAAGAAGGGUUUGCUAGUGUACAACGUAUAUAGAACCUUAACCUACGCUCUCUCGCCGCUGAUUCGGCUCCACUUGAGGUGGCGCAUUUCCCGAGGCCUCGACCACCGUUGCCGGUGGCCGGAGCGACUCGGUCGCCCCUCCCUACCCCGGCGACCGGGACCUCUGGUGUGGUUUCACGCUGUGUCAUUAGGAGAAGGAAUGGCGGCGGUUCCAGUGAUCAGAGAGUGCGUUCGGAAGAUGCCGAACGUGAACGUGUUGAUGACAAUCACUACUAUGUCUGCGUUUGAAGUAUUAAGGAACUGGCUGCCAAGUGAAAUCAUUUUUCAGUUUUCUCCACUUGAUACACCUGGUUCCAUUGAUUCAUUCCUUCGUUACUGGAAACCAAAAGCUAUUAUACUGAUGGAAAGUGAACUCUGGCCAAAUCUUAUCAUGCAUGCUUCCCAAAAUGGUAUAACACUGGCAUUGUUAAAUGCUCGGAUGUCUGAAAAGUCCUUUGAAGUUUGGUCAAGACCAGUGCUUCUACCCCUAAUUUCAUUGAUGUUAUCCAAAUUUUCCUUGAUUGCUCCAUUGAGUACAGAGCAGGGCAUCCGGUUCCAGCUACUGCAAGCUCCUCCUGCUAUCAUAAGCUUUUCUGGUGAUUUAAAGUACGUAAUAGAAGAUUUUGGAGUCAAUGGAAGAGGGGGGAAAAGUAUAGAUGAUCUGAGAUUACAGCUUGCUCACAAACAGGUUUGGAUGGCUUCUUCCAUUCAUAGGGGAGAAGAAGAAAUAAUAUUAGGAGUUCACACUACCCUUAUGCAACUGCAACCUAAUAUAUUGAUUAUUAUCGUCCCGCGUCAUCCACAGCAUGGGCGUGAGAUUGCCAAAAAACUGGAGAAGGAAGGACAAAAUGUAAUUUUGAGGUCCCAACAUAAGAAGCUUAAGCCAGAAACAAACAUAUAUGUGGUGGACACUCUGGGCGAAUUAAGACACUUGUAUAUGUUAACACCAAUCGCUGUGAUUGGGGGUUCAUUCCUCCCUGGUUCAACUGGCCAUAAUAUCUCGGAAGCUGCUUCGGCUGGAUGUGCUGUUUUGACAGGUUGUCACAUUGGACAUUUCUCACACAUGGUGCUGGAAAUGCAACGAUUGAAUCCAUUGUCAGUCCUUCAGGUCUCUGGAAAAAUGGAGCUUGAAAAAACUCUCAUUCAGCUCUUCACAAAUGCAACACUAUUGGAAGCACAUCGCAAAGCUGCAAAGGAAGCAUUUUCUCGUUUGUCCAGUGACAUUGUCACAAACGUGUAAACUUUCAGGUAUCCAUCAACUAAGAGCCAACAACUAAUUACCUUUCGGGAAGCAUGGACUAACCAUGAAAUUUGCUGAAUUAUUAAACUAAUAACACAUCAAUUCAAUUUGAAGAUGUAAGUUCCCCUUUAACAUAUAACUUCACAAGUUUUAUUUUUUUGAGUAAUUCUUAUAUUAAUCCUUGUUAGUUAUUAGUUAUUACUUAUUAGUGGUUAAAUUAUUGACUUUGAAAUGAACCUUAAGAACCCAAACUAUAAUUUAACCACUAAUAAGGAUUAAUAUAAUUGGAUAGUCAUGAAAAAUUUUUGCAUUAUUAAUAUCUUAUUAAAUCCUAUAAAUUUGAAUAUAUAUUAGAAGAGGAUAACUAUGCUUGUAUAAUAAAAAAUUAUCAAUGCUGUAAAGGUAUCUGCCGACUAAUAGGGACCGAGGAAACGUGAUCUAUGUUUUGCACCUAAUCAAUACCAUUGUUUCAAACAGUAACUGACAAUUUAUUAUUAUUAUUAUUUCAUAAACUAGUACACAAUAAACCUAAAUGUACUGUUUAAAUCACAAGGAUUAUCCCAAAACGAAAUGGAAAAGUAUACGGAAAUGGCACCAAUUCCAGGAAAACGUACCAUUAGUGUUGUUAGUUCAGAGUUGGUGUGCUUCUUUUUCUCUGUGUCUCAUGUGUCCUCACAUGUUAAUGUUAAAUGUUAAUGCAUUGGGACCGACAAUAUAACACAACCUCAUGUUUCAGUAAGAA